AUGGAUCCGAUAUCGCAAUUGUCUUCACCGGUUACAUCAAUAACACCAUCGCCGGUAACCACCAAAAGUGAUAUUUCAAGUGAUGAUCAAUCAAAGGUAAUGGACACUAUAGUGGUGCUGAUGACCAGUAAUGAUACCAUCGAUGAUUACACCGAUGAGAUUCAAAGCAAAUGCUCGACAAAUACUAUGACUUUUAGACAGUUGUCUCCCAUUUCGUUCACUUUUAUUAACACUAAGAGAUUAUAUGACUCGUUGUUGGCCUCAGACCAGUGGUCCGCCUUAUGUUUGACUAGUAAACGAUGUGUUGAUGCCAUUGAAAUGGCCAUUAAUUAUAGUAAAGACAGUGGUAUUGAUGUCAUUGAUUUGUGGCGCCGACAUCACAAACUAGUCUUUAUUGUCGGUCUUAAAUCAUUUUACUAUUUAAAAGCUAAGUUAGGUUUGGAAGCACUGGGAAGUGAUGCGGGAAAUGGAGAAAAUUUAGCCAAAAUGAUGAUUGAAAAUCACAGACACGAGUUGACGGCAUUGCCGGUGCUAUUUCCAUGCAGUCAAUCCCGAAGUGACAUUUUACCGAAAUUGUUGACCAGUGCAGGCAUUGAUGUUCAUGAGAUACCUAUUUAUGAAACUCAUACCAACCAAGGGUUGGACACAAAAGUGGCGCAACUAAGCAAUGAUUUGAUUUCUUUAUCAAACCAAUUGUCAGAUGAGAUGAAACUCAGACUAAUUGUAAUAUUUUUUAGUCCAUCGGGUCUUAAAUCUGUUUAUCCAUUUCUCAUCCAAUAUAUCAUAAAUAAUAAAACACUACUUCAGAGUUUAACACUGAGAUAUGUAGCCAUCGGUGGUACUACCGGUCAAUCUAUGAAACAGUUGGGUCUUAAUGUCUGGUUUACGUCACCCAAACCUAAUCCCCAAUCUUUAGCUCAUUCAUUGAAUGAAUACUUACUUAUAGACUCCAAUCGAAGUGAAAUCGGAAUUACGGUUAAAGUUAGAGAAUUGGAUCAACAAAAACAUGAAGAUCUUGAUGAGUGACGGCCGCACUCUAAUCGGUAUAUUCUUAUGCACCGAUCGCGACAGGAAUGUCAUAUUGGGCUCA